UUAUGAGAACUCUUCUCAUUUUUAAAUGUUAGAAACUAAGUAAAAAAAAUUAAAGUGGAGCCUGAGAGGUGGAAUCUGAAGCUGCCUGUGGAUCUGGAACCCCAUGAGUAGUGGGGUCAGACCUCUCAUGCCCUCUAUCCCCGAGCUGGAGUGGGUCUGGAAAAAUUAGAUUUACCUACAUCUUUGGGAGGGCAGGGCAUCAGGGUGGGGGUGGGGGUUCCCAGCCUCUCUGUUUCUUAAAGUCACUCUUAGGGAGAGACAGCUCCUUGCCAGUCUUGGGGGAACCAGAGAACUCCCUGACCUGGGGGGCCUUAAAUGAAUCCAGAAGCCCAAAGGAAGCAACUAUUAAUAAGACCUUCAGAAUCCCUGUGUGCUGGAAAGAAUGGUCCUGUCCCUCAACUGGGCAAAAUAACUUCUGUAAGGACAACUGCGAUGCUGUCUUGGAAACGUCAAAUGUCAAAAUCUUCCCACAAAAUGCAUCUUCCCAUUUUUCUGUUUUGGGGCCCCUGCUUUGCUGGUAUCCCGAAUCUGUGCUGGGUAAAGCAAUCAUCAAUAGCUGGCAUCGUGGACCUGGUAGUCACCUCCUGGCCAGGUGCAGUCCAGGCUUGGGACCCCAGACCCGGAACCCUCGAAGCCAGGAACCCUAUAGAGCUGCAGCUGCACGGGGAACAGGAUCUGGGAGGGACUUCCUGUUGUCCCUAAUCCCAGUCUCCACUCUGCUCCCCCGCCCGCCUGGUGCAGGCUGCGGAGACUCCCUUCCCUGGGGAGGGGGUCCUGCUUCCUCCAUCUCGGCUGCUGGCCAGAAGCUGGAGGGGGCUCGGCCAAAAAGAGGGAGGAACAACUCAGCUGUUCUUUCUAGCUCUGAAAUAGAAAAUGUCUGCAGAUGGUGGAGGCAUCCAGGCCACCCAGGACAAGGAUCGAGCCCAGGAGGUCCCCGGCCAUGGGCAUCCUUGUCAGGAAAUGCUUUCUGGGUCAGAGGAGAUGGUGCCUUUGGGAGCCACUUGGGAGUCACCGCACGUUAAGAUGGAACCAGAAGAGCCGCACCCCGAGGGGGCAUCGCAGGAGGACAGGGCCCGAGGUGCAUGGGGCUGGGUGCCCCUAAGUCAUGGCUCUAAGGAGAAAGCUCUCUUCCUGCCUGGUGGAGCCCUCCCCUCCCCCCGGAUCCCAGUGCUUUCCCGAGAGGGGAGGACCAGAGACCGGCAGAUGGCCGCGGCACUCCUCACGGCCUGGUCCCAGAUGCCAGUGACCUUUGAGGACGUGGCUCUGUACCUCUCCCGAGAGGAGUGGGGACGGCUGGACCACGCGCAGCAGAACUUCUACCGGGACAUCCUACAGAAGAGAAAUGGGCUGUCCUUGGGGUUUCCCUUCACCAGGCCUUUCUGGGUCCCCCAAGUCCAGGGCAAGGGUGAGGCCUCGACCUCGAGCCAGCAGACAGGAGAUGAGCAGGAGGAGAGAGGCAUGAACACAGGAGCCCCUGAGGUGGGGCAGGAGGAGCUGACCCCGCCUGUGGCAGCCCCUGGGGAUGUGAAGCCCUUCAGAACCAGGGCAGGCCGGGCCCAGGGUGUCCUGCCGUGUGGGCAGCAAGCAGCUGGUGGCCAGAGCUCAGGGCCGGCGGGAGACGCUCGGCAGCCGGGUGCCCUGGAAGACGGGCAGCCGAAUCCAGCCCUGCCGGACGCCAGUGCCCCGAAGCCCCAGGAGGGCCAUGUCCCAGAGAAACCCAGUGAGGAGGAAAAGGGUACCCCAGAGAGUGGUGAGGAGGGCCUUGCUCCCGACGGCGACGUGGGCAAGAAGACGUACAAGUGCGAGCAGUGCGGCAAGGGCUUCAGCUGGCACUCGCACCUGGUGACGCACCGGCGCACGCACACGGGCGAGAAGCCCUACGCCUGCACGGACUGCGGCAAGCGCUUCGGCCGCAGCUCGCACCUCAUCCAGCACCAGAUCAUCCACACGGGCGAGAAGCCCUACACCUGCCCCGCCUGCCGGAAGAGCUUCAGCCACCACUCGACGCUGAUCCAGCACCAGCGCAUCCACACGGGCGAGAAGCCCUACGUGUGCGACCGCUGCGCCAAGCGCUUCACCCGCCGCUCGGACCUGGUCACCCACCAGGGCACCCACACGGGCGCCAAGCCACACAAGUGCCCCAUCUGCGGCAAGUGCUUCACGCAGAGCUCAGCGCUGGUCACCCACCAGCGCACCCACACGGGGGUCAAGCCUUACCCGUGCCCCGAGUGCGGCAAGUGCUUCAGCCAGCGCUCCAACCUCAUCGCGCACAACCGCACGCACACGGGCGAGAAGCCCUACCACUGCCUCGACUGCGGCAAGAGCUUCAGCCACAGCUCGCACCUCACCGCCCACCAGCGCACGCACCGCGGUGUCCGGCCCUACGCCUGCCCGCUCUGCGGCAAGAGCUUCAGCCGGCGCUCCAACCUGCACCGGCACGAGAAGAUCCACACCUCAGGGCCCAAGGCCCUGGCCAUGCUGAUGCUGGGGGCGGCGGCGGGGGCUCUGGCUGCACCCCCACCUGCCCCCACCUAGGAGGCCGGGAGAGAGGGACCAGGGCACCCAGGAACGCUGGGACUCCCGGAAGAGUGGAGGCCCCCGGGGAGGAGCCAGAGGGUGUGGGAAAGGAGCGGGAGGAUCAGGCAUGGGGUGGGGCAUGGCGAUGUGGGAGGGGCGAGGGCGAGGAGGGGCAGGCUCUCUAGCUGCACAUUAAAGGCCUUGGACUUG